AUGGAUUACCAUAGCCCGGGCAGCCAAGUUUCAGGACUGGGCAGCUCUUUUCCAAAUCCUACGGAUCUGUCUCGACGACUUAUGUCAACGCAACAGGCACAACAGGAAGCGGAGAAUGAAAGUAACGACGAAAGUUCUAAUAUUACUUCACGAUCUCGCAUCAACAGCAUUACUCAAACUGGUAAUCCUUUUUGGGGAACAUUUUCACCUUCACCCGCCCCUAGGUCUCCCGUGCUUAUUCAAUGUUGUUGCGGUAAAGAUGACUGUCAAAACCUUGAUACGUUUCUAAGGAGCAUAAGCUCUUUAGAAGACGAGUUGAGAUUGGCUGCUGAGGUUGGACAGGUCUUAUUAGAAAAGCAUGAAGUUUCUCAAAGACAAACGGAAGAAUUUCAGAGAGCGUUAGAACAACAGUGUGCGCGCGCUGAACAAAAAGUUCAAGAAUACGAAAAUAGGAUAGACGAAAUUAGUCAAUCAGAACGAAAUAUAACAUUGGAAAGAGACGAAGCUCUAAAGAAUAAAAUAAUUUUAGAAAGCAAAGUUGAAUUACUCUCCGAUGCGCUAGAAUCACGUGAUGUAAGAAUUUUGGAAUCGAAUAAGGAGCUCGAAAAGCAUGAAAUUUACGAUGAAUAUGAACAAUUAAAAUUAGAACAAGUAGAAACCCAAAAAUCAAAAGGAAGAUUAGAAGCAGUUGCUAUGCUCCGUGAAUCAAAUGAACGAAAUAAGGAAAUCCACUCAUCCACUCCUAACAACGAAGCAAAUCCACAUCUUAUUAAUUUAAUAAAAGAACUUUUAUCAUCUAAUAAUAAAUUAAAAUCGGAAGUCAACGAAUACUGUGAUCUUCUUUCUGAAUCACGUAACGAAGUGAGCACUUUGCAAAUCCGCAUUGAGGAAUUAGAAACAGCAAAUACAACUGGAUACCCAUAUUCGGCUAGUUAUACGCAAGGUUACUUUACUUCUCCUUUCAAUCGAAACUUCCCUGCACAUGUCCUUGAUGAUAUAGCAAGUGUAGGCGAUAGUGCAUCAAACGCGGGCCAUAUAGAAGAACUCGCUGAUGAAUCCAAUAUCGUACCAGGUAUUGGCGCUCGACAAAUUCAUCCUCAUAUGGCCUCCAGUAUUUUAUCAUCCUCACUUGGCCAAGGUUCAUAUAAUACAUUUAAUAGCAUGGGUGUGGAUGCUUCUGUCCACUCUCCUGUAGGAUCAGUUGUUUCAUCUUCCACUAAACGAAAAGGAACUAAAGGGAUAGGACAUAAUUUGAAAAAGGAUAAAAAAGUAUCCGUUGAGUAUGGAGAACAAAUUAAACCGGAUGAUGUUCACUCCGAAGGCUCUAUUAAGAAACGUGUAAGAUCUGGGGGACUUUCGAACUCAGAAUUGAGUUAUAGUGGGGAGUCUGAAGAAGAAAGAAACGUCGAGGACGACGAAAAUUUGGAAAAGAAUUACGGUAACAGAUUAGACGAUGUAUUUGUCAAGAGUAACAAAGCAGUUCAAUCAAAGAAGACAGGUGGUAGAGAAUUGAAAAAUAAAGUAGAUGUCAGACAGGAUGCAAAGAAAAAGGUGCGGACGUUUUCUUCUCCGGAUUUUAAUCUUUCAACAACACAAAAACCGGGCGUAUCCUUAUUGUCUGCUGGUCUCAAGAGGUCCACCGUUGAUAAUUCGGAUGUGACCAAUAAGGUUCAAGAAGACGACGAAAAAAUCCAGGAAAAGAAAUCCCUCGGGGCAAGAAGAGGAGCCGACUUAAAAUUAAACAUUCGCCGUCCUGCCCCUACUCCAUUAAAUCCUCCCAAACGAGCAAGUUCACCUAAGUUACCUCCAACUGCAUCAACAAGCAAACAGCACAAACCUACGCAACCCUCUCCAUUGGCCGUUGUUCAUAAACGUCUCGCAUUGGACAAGGCAAGUUCUUUAUCCAUUAAGGUUCCCCAAUCUUCCAAUAACUCACCUGCAGAUAUUCCAAAAUCAAAAGUUUUAUCGGAAGAUCUCUCAAUACCUGCCUUCAAGAAUCCUAAAUUUGCUACCCUAGGACCAAAAGAGCGUAAACAUAUGAUGGAAGUUUGGCGUUCUGAUGUUGCAAAAGAACAACAACAAAAGAAUUUACAGCAAGUUGAAGCAUCCGGAAACGAAGCUGAAACUGGAAUUCAAGAAACUUCUAUUGAUAAUUUAAAUGGUGACAAAAUUAAAGGUAAAAAUCGCUCUAAUUCGCCGGUAAAAGAAUUCGUUGAAGAGGUAUUGGUUGAUGAAGCGAAUUUUUCUGCUGCAGAAGCUGCCGCGUUGGCUAAUGAAGUGGAACAUGGAUUGUCUACUGCUGAUACAAAAUCUAUCCAUUCUCGUCGUACCUCAACAACAACACAUCAUACAACUAUUCACGUUCCUUCCAUUAUGAUUACAUCUACUGAAGAAUCUAAAAACGCACAUAAACCACCAGAAUCUCCUAAACAACAGAAUCCCUAUCAACAUCUCUUUAACCAAGCUAGUUCCAUUAUAGAUCGCAUGAAGGAUACUGACCUAUUAGCUCUAAACCGCAGAUUAAAAAGGACGUUCGAUAUUUUAGAAUUAACUAAUUUGAGCAAUAAUUUAAUUGAAAGUAUUUUAACCGAUGUUGAGAUUCUUAGAGAGCGAUUCCGAUGGGUGGAAGAUUUUCGUAUUAAUGAUGACAUGAAAGCCCCCGAAAAGGGAAUCUCGGAUGGUCAAAAUAAAGAAGACCUUUAUUCCUUUUCACCUGGAGAUUUUUUACCAUUAGUCCAUCUAAUACAAGACCUGUUGUCAGAAAUAGGAAAGUUGCGUAUGAUGGUUAAUGAUGUACAGGUAUCAUAUGUACAAAAGGUAGAAGAAAGUCGACGUAAAGCAGAAGAAGAAUUUGACAAGAGCAUUUUAAAUGAAAUGAAUGACGAUGAGAUAUUAGAAAGAAGAGAAAGAAACAGACGAAAUACUCAAUCCAAUGAUGAAGGAUUUGGUGCUUAUCUUAGUCGAGUCUUUGGAGGAGCCGAUAAGGGAAAAGUUCAACGUCCACCUAAUACCCGUCACCAUACCCGACGAUUAUCUGUUGACUUCUCGCACGAAUGUGAUGUUUCUGUUGAUAGUAUCGAUACUUUUUCUGAGGACAAUUAUUACAUUGACCGUAAUCUAGAUUCAUUCACAAAUACGCCAACUAUGUUAAGAGUUUCAAAAAGAAGGGAAAGUGACGCAUCUGCUGUCUCGUUUUUGAGACAACUGUUCGUUGGUAAAAAUAAUUCAUUUAAUAACGAAUCGAAGGAAAAGCCAGGAAGCACAUUAGAAACUUCGAAGACAAAACAAGGAACUCCCGGCCGCGUGAAUAAUUCUAAUUCUUUUUUAUCUCGACAUCCACGACGCAUUGCGAGCGUCGAUAACGUCAUUCACACUGGUUCGGGUGAAGCUCCAACAUCCCAAUCAACGGCCGUUCCGUCCCUUCCGGUAGCUACCAUGAAUCCAAGACAGUUACGUUUAUCAACAAGUACUAACAAUUUGACUAGUCGAUUACGACAUCAUUUAGCAUCAUCAUCUACUCCUAAUAAUGCGGAUAGUGGAAGGGAAUCUGGCGGAGAUAUUAACGACAGAGAAAAAGAAAACUCGAUAUGGGAUAAAAUCUUUUGGCCGAAUUAA